UCAGCUGAUCAGUUGACCAAUUUAAUUGUUGAUCCGACUUGUUCAUGUUGAUACUCGCGUAUUCUUAAUUAAGUUGGUGGAAGUCCAAAAAUAAAUGAAAUAUUUGCCGAAUUGUACCUGAUACAAUAUUAUUUAUGGAAUCAAGUGACAAAGUAUCAGAAAAGGUGGGAAAACUUGCUGAAUCAAUGAAAGGUUUAAAAGAAGCAGUGAAGCAGCAGGAAAUUCAGCUUUCAAAAAAUAUUGCAAUCAAUGCAAAUGAAGGUGAUGGACACAUAAAGUCAAUACCUCACACGAUUGGCAAAGAACUUGAUAAUAAUUUGACUGAACGCUUUCCUUCGAAUCUGGAACAUCUUUUGCACAAAGUUGAGAGUGAUACUUCUCAAUUAUCUCACUGGAGUUGGAGCAUUGGGUCAAUCAACUCGAGCGUUGAUGAUUUGAAAUUUGUGUUGAAGAAUCAAGAUCAACAAGUCAUAACACUGAUAAGAGAAAAUGAAGAUCUUAGAAAUGAACUGAAAAAUAAAAAUAAGGAAAUUAAGAAACAAAAAUUUUUGCUGAGAGCGGAGAGAGAAGCGUUCGAGCAAUAUAAGAAGGACACAUUAAAUGUAAUAAAAAAACAAGAUAACUUGAAUGAAGAAGAAGAUAUUCAACCAGAAAAAUCUUCUAAAGAGCUUAUGAAAUUGAAAUCCGAAUUGGCACACUACAGCCAAAUGUAUAUUGAGCAACGACACACCAUGAGCCGAUUGUCCAAAAUUAUAACCACUUUAAGAGAUGACAGUUCAAGGCUGAAAGAUAAACUGGUCCAACAAGAAAAACAGUACAAUAAGUUCAUUUUAGAAAUGGCUCAGCGGUUUAAAGUCAGUAGGACAGAAUUCCAGGUAGUCGUUUCAAAGCUUCAAACUUCGCCAAUUCCACCGACAAAUCUUGCUGUUUGUAAGAUAGCUGACCGUAAUGCCCGCUUAGCUUACGACAACUGUAUGCUAAAACUGGAAUUAAAUGGCCUUAAAGAAAAAUAUUUUCAUCAGAAAGCCGAUAAAAACAAACUAAAGUGUUUAGCCACAAGGUCUGAUUUUUGCCAUUAUAAACAAGAAAAAGAAAAGGGCAAGUUAGAAAAUUAUCAAGAAAGUGAUUUAAACUAUGCUAAUCAAUUAAAAUCAUCCAGAAGUGAACUGAGUGGCUUAACAAACAAUAUCAAAUUGAACUUAAAAUGUGCAGUAAAAACAUCUGUUACAAGUCUCAUUGAAAGGAACUCUGGGAAUAUUCCAAAAUGUCAACAGGUCUCGAACAACUUAGACAGAAGCUCGGAGAGUUUUGAAGUAAUGAGAACAGAAUCCGCUCCACUAUUGAGGACUAGCUACAAAGAUAUGUGAUGAGCUAUGGAAUGAGAUGAAAACAAAGAACAAUAGUAAAUCAGAUUUAUUGUCUUCUCACAUAGAUAAUGAAAUUACAUGGAUGGAUAGUAACAUUCAUAUGUUUAGAGUUUACAAAAUAUACAAUUACAUUGAA